AUGGAGAAAUCAAGGUGGUGGUCGGUACUGAUACCAAGUAUUGUAGUGUUGAAUUUGGUGGGUCUUGGCAAGGCGAUCGAAUCGCCACAAUAUGCAGUGGUGCAUGAAGAAUCAGAUUUUGAGGUCAGAUUAUAUGUGAAUUCCACAUGGAUCUCUGCUCCAGUUUUUCAACUCUCCUUUGAGAAAUCCACCUUGCAUGGCUUUCACAGGUUGUUUCAAUACACCCAAGGUGCCAAUCUUAACUAUUCGAGGAUUGCAAUGACCGCUCCUGUUGUGACUAGCAUAGUCCCAGGAGCUGGGCCCUUUAGAUCAUCAGCCUUUGUCGUCCGAUUUUACUUACCCGUGAAAUUCCAAGCUGACCCACCUGUCCCCCUUGAUGAACUGCACCUGAAACCUUACAUAUGGAACAGUCGCUGUGUUGCUGUGAGGAAGUUCUCUGGAUAUGCGAAUGAUGAGAAUGUUGUAAAAGAAGCAAAAAGACUCGCUGUCAGCUUGAGCAGGUCUCCAUGGGCCAACUUAACUAUUGCUGAAAGCAAUUAUUCCUAUUCCAUUGCGCAGUAUGAUUCUCCAUUCCAGUUCAUCGGUCGUACCAAUGAAGUAUGGGCAGACGUAAAAGCAUCCGGAGCAAACAGUUGUAAAUCCAGUGGAAUUGCCUCAUACUGA